ACAAUUGAGCAAUGCCUUUAUCCGGAGGAGACCAACCAAAAUGUCACAAAAUUGGAAAGCAAGCUUUCAUAGAAUUGUAGAAUAGUUUUGGAAGGAGCCAAGCCUCCAGUGUUUGAGAGCCCACCACGUCCCUAGGGAAUUGGUUCCAUUGUUGCACCACUCUGACAGUUAGGAAGUGAUCCCUGAUGUCCAGCCAAAAUCUGGCUUCCAGUACCUUGAGCCCAUUAUUCCAUAUCCUGCACUCUGGGAUGAUUGAGAGUUUGAAUUCUCCAGAACUCUUCAUCAGAAGAGAUGAUAUACCGGGAUGCUGCGAAGACAACUAGUCCAAAUGCCCACCAACAACAUGAACUUUAUCCUCUUUUCGUAGCCGGUUGAGAAGUCGAGUGGUGUAUCUGUGCUUUCAAUCAUGGCUAGAAGUAGUGAAGAAAGUCAACUGCAGAGAAUUAUUCGAGACUUGCAGGAUGCUGUGACAGGACUGAACAAAGAAUUUGUAGAAGCAGGAGAACCAAUCACAGAUGACUGUAUCAGUUUACACAAAUUUUCCUACAAGCUGGAAUAUCUUUUACAAUUUGACCAGAAACAAAAGUCUACCUUACUGGGCAACAGGAAAGAUUACUGGGAUUAUUUCUGUGACUGUCUAGCAAAGGUGAAAGGAGCACACGAUGGAAUACGCUUUGUCAAAUCUAUUUCAGAACUGAGAACACCCCUUGGUAAGGGCAGGGCAUUUAUCCGUUAUUCCCUAGUGCACCAAAGACUUGCAGACACUUUGCAACAGUGUUUUAUGAAUACCAAAGUAACAAGUGACUGGUACUAUGCAAGAAGUCCCUUCCUGAAUUCGAAAAUGAGUUCUGAUAUUGUUGGUCACCUCUAUGAACUGAAUGAGGUUCGGUUUGAUCUGAUGUCUAGAGGCUAUGACUUAGACUCAGAAUGGCCCGCAUUUGCCAGGAGAACAUUGUCUUCAUUCGGCUCCUCAGCUUACCUGUGGAAGCCUCCAAGCCGCAGUUCAAGCAUGAGCAGUUUGGUGAGCAGCUAUUUGCAGGCCCAAGAAAUCCCCUCCAGCCCCAACGGGAAUAACUUUUUAAACACCGAACCCCUUGAGGGCCUAGACGAGCUGCAUGUGGAGCUUGACCAGGCAGAGCUGCGGCAGAAAGAACUGCAGGAUCGGAUCCAGCAUCUGGAAAAGGAGAGUCAAAAGCUACAGGCGGCUGUCAGCUUUGAGAAGCAGCAAGCAGAAACAGAAAGAGAGAAGAGCAGGAAUAUCAGUGAGGAGAACUCCAGGCUAAUGCAAAUGCUUGGGGAACUAGAAAAGCAGCGUGAAAUCUCCCAUUGCACCCAGGACACCGUUCAGGACCUCCAGAAGUGCCUGCAGACUUUAGAACAGAAUGCCAUCGAGAAGCAAAAAGAAUACUGUGCAAGGUUUGAGGAACUGGAGUCUGGUAAAAAGGACUCUGACUCAAAGGUGCUUCUCUUGAAUCAAGAACUGGAAACUACCAGGGCGUUGGUGGCCAUGAAAGAUAGCCAUAUCAGUGAGCUUACAACCAAUCUGAAAUCAGCAGAGCAAAAGAAUGAAGAGCUCGUAGCCAGAGCCAAUGGUCUGACAAGUGAAAAGGCACAACAAGCCACCAGUCAGUAUGAGUCUGCACUGAAGAUUGAGGAGUUACUGAAGAAGCUUCAUGAAGUGGAACAGGAGAAGGCCGAUGCUCAGCAGUUAAAUAAUAAACACUUUCCUCAGCUUAAAAUGCUGGAAGAGCAACUCCAUUUGAAAGAGGAGACACAGAAAGAGUUUGAAUUGAAAUUGAGGAGCCUCACUGUCAACUCCAAGGCAGAAUCUGAAAAAUGGUGUGCUCAUCUAGAAACGAUGAAAAUUGAAAAAGCUGACCUUCAGAAGGCAUUAACAGCAAAAGACAAUGAGGUGGCUGAUCUUAAAAUCCAGUUGAAAGAGUCCCUGGAUUCCAUAAAAUCAUUAGAAAAAAAUCUUGAAGAGGAAAGGAAUGAGAAGAUGAAACUUGAGGAGUUGGUUAGGCUUACAAAAACAACUAUGGAAGAAGAAGUAAAAAACCUGAUGGAGCAACUUGGAUUGCUGGAAAUUCAGCUAUCAAAACUAAGUCAAACAGUAAAGCACAUAGAAGAGCAAAAGAGAGAACUUAUUUCUGAAAGAGAGCAUCUCCAAAAGACAGUAGAAAGAAUGGAAGAGCAGGCCACAGAACAACGCUCCUCGCUGAGAAGUAGCUGUGAAGGAAAUGAGAAGCUCAAGUCCCAGAAUGCAAAGCUGCAGCAAACCAAUCAGAAGCUAGAAGAGAAGUGCAGGAAGUUGGAUGCAUUAAAAUCUUCUUCAGAGACAGAGGUUGUCAGAUUGAGAGCCUCUGAGAAUCAGCUCCAAAGUCAGAUUGAAGACUCGGUGGUGUCUGUGGAUGAAAAAGAGAAGAAACUCCGAGGACAGAACAAACUGCUGGAUGAAAGCCUGCAGAAUGCCACAAGACAAAACCAAGUUCUGGAAGAACAGCUGAAUGCCCUGCAGGCUGAUUGCCAAGAACUAAAAAAGAGCAAAGGCACUACCAAGGAGUCCUUAACUGCACUGCAAGCAGAGCUGCGGAGCACCAAAGAGCAUGCCCUGCAGUUGGAAAGGGGUCUGUCCUCCUCAAGGCAAUACGAAGGAUCUCUGAAGUUACAGCUCACAGAGAAAGACAAGGCAUUGCGAGACCUGGAGAACCAGUGCAAGCAGCUACAAGGGCAAGUUGAGAGGGACAACAAAAAGGUGGAGGCCCUAGAAGCAGAAAAGGCAAACCUAGAAAACACUUGCCUUCAUCAGACAAAAGUGAUUGAAUCCAUUGCUUCUGAGAAGGCUUCUGUGGAGAAAGCCCAGUUGGAACAGGCAGCCUGUCAAGAGAGAGAAGCUAAAGAUCUGGCUUCAAGACUGGCUCUUUCGGAGGAGCAGCUGUGUAUCAACCAGGCAGAGGUAUUGAGACUUCAGAGGGAAAUGGUGGACCUUCAAGCUAAGCUUCAGCAGACAGCUACAGAGCUGCAGAAACUGCAAGAAAAGCUAGAUGUCAAAGGGGCUAUUCUAAGCGAACAAAAGACCCUGGCCCAGCAGCUGAAAGGGCACAGUGAAAUCCUCAACAGAAACCAUGUGGAGGAACUGCUUCAAUGUCAACAUCGAGAGGAAGUGCUGAAAAAUGAGAGGGACCAGGAAGCCCACCAGAAGGCUAAGCUGGAGAAGAACUUACUGUGCCUCACAGAUGACCUGUCCAAGGUCAAGUACCAUUUGGAAGCAGUUAAGCUGGAAAACGUGGAAAUCAAAGACCUUCUCCAUAGGACCAACACUGACAUGGCUGAGCUUGGCAUUCAGAUCUGCACUCUGACAUCUGAAAAGGCAGAAGCAGAAGAGAAGCUGUCCCGGGUCAUGGAGGAACUCAGAACUGCCGAAGAAAGAGCAGCCAAAGAACGUGAGAAGCUGCAGCUUGAUCUCUCAAGAUUCAGUCAGGAGAAACAAGGACCGCAAGAAAAACUGGAAGAGUCUAAGAUUUGUGCUGGAGCUCUCCCUGGCCUGCAAACUCAGCUGGAGAUGGCAGAGAGACAGCAGCACAGCUUGCAAGAGACCAGCAAAGAGGAGCUGGCUGCAGUCAAAUUUCAACUGAGCACCGAAAUUAUAAACCAUGAAACAAAAUUUAAGGCUAUCAAUGAAGAAUGUGAAAAAUUAAAGCAAGAAGUUGAAGAGCAGAGCCGGCAAGCACAUGUUGCAGAAGAAGCACUCCAAGAGCUGCAGGCUGUGAAAAGAGAUCUGUGCACAGAACUGGAUCUUGCCAUGGAUCAGGUGACUGAGUACAAAGCAGCCCAGCAAAAAAAAGAUGAGGAGGUGACACAGCUUAAAGAAGACCUAAAACGGGCUCAAAAGGAUGUCAGCAAAGCAAAUGAGCAAAUUCAGGACUACUGCAAGAAACUCAGCAAGAUGAACGCAGACCAAGAAAGCAAUGAGAGGAAGUUACUGGCUGAACUAGAUGACUUAAUGCGAACAAAGCACUUUCUUGAAGAACGGCUAAUAGAACUUCUCAGGGACAAGGAUGCGCUUUGGCAAAAGUCAGAUGCUUUGGAAUUCCAGCAGAAACUCGCUGCAGAGCAGAGAUGGCUUGGUGAUGCAGAAGUAAGCUGUUGCCUAGACUGUAAAAAAGAAUUUGGUUGGAUGAAUCGCCGACACCAUUGCAGAAUGUGUGGGCGCAUUUUCUGCUACUACUGCUGCAACAACUAUGCGCUGUCAAAACAUACUGGCAAGAAAGAGCGCUGUUGUCGAGCUUGCUUUAAAAACGCAAGUGUCAGUUUGGUUGACUCUGGAUCAAAUGCUAGCCACGAAGAACCAUCAUCAAGCCUGCUAGCCUCACCAUUGUCACUGGUCCAAAGAGUUCUGGAUGAUGCAGUGUUUGAUGUUAUCACAGAUGAGGAAGUAGGACAAAUCCAGGAAGGUGACUCUGUUCACGAGGAAACCCAUACUGAAGAAGAGUCUUUGGAUCAUAGCAUAACUGAUCUAAACAGCACCUAUAGUUCAUCAACUUUUGAUGAGGCUGACGACUUGCAAAUGGCCCAAGAUGCAGAGAUAUGCUUGCUGAAGUCAGAAGAACUGAUGCUAAAGCUGCCUCUAACCGUGGAGGAGAUUCUAAAGUUUGGAGACGCUAGCAGAGAACUGUUCAUUAAGUCAAAUACUUACAGUAUGAUUACUAUCACUGUUGAGGAAAGCGGCCUUACAAUAAGUUGGGUAUUUUCAUCUGACCCAAAGAGCAUAUCGUUCAGCGUGGUAUACCAAGAAUCAGAAGAAGCCCCUCUGGAUCAAUGUAAAGUUCUUAUUCCUAUGAUCCGCUGCAACUCUCAUAAGGAAACCAUCAGAGGACAGGUGAAAGUCAGAAACGCUGGGGUCUACAUACUUGUAUUUGACAACACUUUUUCUAGGUUUAUCUCAAAAAAAGUAUUUUACCACUUAUCUGUUCAACGUCCAGUGAUCUAUGACGGAAGUGAUUUUCCAUAGCCCUGAAUGUUAUAUUUAUAUACUGUAUGUUUUCAAAUUAUAUUUUUUCGAGACACUAUUAUUUAUAUAUACAUGAGCACUAAAAACCAAAAAUAUGUUUGGAGCCCUCUGAGAGUCAUGCAAUAAUUCUAAAACCAUACUUACAUACAAGUAUAUACAUAAAGGAACAUAACUUUCAUAAGAACACUAGUGAUUCUGGACUACACAUACUUGUUCAAAAGCCAUUUUGUUUAAACACACAAAGCUAUGCAAUGCUACAUUUGAUGCAAAAAUUGUUCACAAUCCAGAUAUACAUUUUCAAAGGGCUAACUAAGAAACUGGAAAUUUGCUUUUGAUUAAUCCAGGGCCAAACUAGAUGUGAUGUUUCCUUAACCAAUAGCCAGCAGUGGGAGGGGGAAGCCAGAUUGGGACUAUAGCAUGGGGGGGCAAGGGAGGGAAGCUUUAACUCUUUGCUCUCACUAUGAUCCCAGUUACAAUCAAUCCCACCCACCCACACGCUUGCUAUUUUCAUAAUACAAGGAAAGUCUAGGGUGGAAGUGUAUAUAACUAUUUUAAAGUAUUGCUGCUUCUACUGCUCAUUUUUUAAAAAAAGAAUGCUGCAAAAGAGACCCGUUAUGCAAAAAGGAUUAAAAAUGUAAUUUUGCAAAAUGAUAGGGUAUUUUAACAUGGACAAAUUCACUCUAGUCAUGCUCUCCAUGCAGGAAGGUGGUGAUUAGAUAGCAGGCAUUUGUGGAUGGCUAUCACCCUUGAUUUUUGCAGAGUGAUUGCACACACCUUUCCAAUACCCAAACACAGAGGUGCUGUUUGACCACAUAAUACACAUGGCAGGAAAUUGGCUCUUAUCAGGUGCCUGCCUUGGUACCUUGGGGCCUUGGUAAAAGUAUGUUUGCAUUUAUCUAUAUCUUGAUGAGGAAAUUCACCUGCUUCUGUUGGUCUAGGUCCUUUGUAAUAAAGGCUGUUUCACAACUUUAUUGGUACUUGAAACCUAAAUGUGUCAUGUGGAAAUUGCUUUGAUUUCAGGGGAAUAAAUUAUUUCCACCUGAUGCAUUUAGAAUCAGGAUGUGCAUGUAGCACAGCCAGGUUUAGAAUUAGUAAAAGGAACCCCUUAAUUUAAAACUAUAUACAUAAGGACUUUUUUUCUAAAUUUAUUUUACCAUUUCAUAAUUUAGUAAAAUCUAUCCUGUAAUAGUGUAUCAUAUGGCCAUGAUAAUCAUAUCUGCAGAAUAAUUCCUUAAGCAUGUUUUUAUAAUUGGCACAAUUUUUUGUUCCUAAUAUUUAAGGGAGGAAUAAAAACAGAACUCGGCAUGACUACCUCCUAAAUUGGCAAAUCUUUGUGUAACGU